AUGUCCCUGGCAGAUGUUAGGACUAAAAUAAAACUUGCUUUUGAGGGGUCACAAAAACCAAAACAGAUUCGUGGCGAUGGAACAACUAGAAUUCAAGAAGAGCAGACUGCUAGCACACAAAGAAGUGUUGGUACUAAAAGGAAAGCAUCUUCUACAUCCGACAAUGCACAAUCAUAUUUUCCAAGGGGUGCGCAUGAUACUUCUCAGCCUUCACUUAAAUCAGUUUGGCAAAGUAAAGAAAGGGUACAUGAUACCGAUCUAGCUGUUGCAAUGUGGAUAUAUGAUGCUUGUAUACCGAUGAACGCUAUUAAUUCUCCUCUACUUCCAAUUGCAAUGAGCAAAGUAGCUUCUAUGGGACAUGGAUAUACUGGACCUUCCUAUCAUGCCGUUCGUGUGAGUUUGUUAAAAGAUGCCAAACAAUCUGUGAAACUCAUAGUUGAUUCUUAUAGAGAAUAUUGUGAUAUAGUCGAGAUUGUUGGUUCUAAGAACAUUGUUCACUUGGUCACUGAUAAUGCUGCAAAUCACAAGGCGGCAGGAAGAUUAUUAAGUGAAAAAUACCCAUUGAUUUCUUGGUCUCCAUGUGCAGCUCACUGUAUAAAUUUGAUCAUGAAGGACGUUUCAGAGAUACCUGAAGUGGCUAAUUUGAUACAACUUGCAUCACGGAUAACAGUUUUCAUGUAUAACCAUAAAUGGCCCUUAAAUUGGUUGAGAAAAAGACCUGGUUGGACAGAAAUCAUUCGCCCAGGAGCCACCAGGUUUGGUACCUCAUUUAUUGCCUUGAAGAGUUUAUGUGAUCACAAAUCUGAUUUGCAAGCUUUAGUGACCUCUAAUGAUUUCAAGAAAAUGUUAAAAAUGCCAAAAGCUAAAGAUGUGAGACAAACUAUCUUAGAGGACAAGUUUUGGCAAAACUGUUUGAUAACAGUUAAGGUAAUGAGUCCGAUCUUGAGACUUUUGCGUGUGUGCGACUCUGAUGAAAAACCUUCAUUAGGUUAUGUGUUUGAAGGUAUGCUUAGGGUUAAGAAUGGCCUCAAAGAGUUGUUUCAAAGGAAGAAACGUCUUUAUAAGCAAUAUGUUGACAUUGUUGAUGCUCGUUGGGAUAAGAUGUUACGCAAAAGUCUUCAUGCAGCAGCUUACUGGCUAAAUCUAACGUUUCAAUAUGAAAGAGAUAAUCGUGAGGAAAAGCAAGAGGGAUUUGAGGGGGUUCUUGAUAUGCUUGAGAAGAUGUCUGAAGGUAACCGAAUAUAUAUUUCAGAUUUAGCCAAAUUUCGGGAUAAGACAGGUGGCUUUGGUAGACCUCUCGCUUUGGCUUUGGUAGACCUCUCGCUUUGUCUUCACAUUGAUAGAACCGAAUUUUGGGUGGUUGAAGAAGAGCCAACAGGAGAGCUUGAUUAUGAUGAAUUAGAAAAUAUGAUAGACGAAGAGCCGCCAGCCAAUAUUGACCCGUCCCAAACACAAGCAGGCCAAAAUAUUAAUGAAGAUGAUGAUUUGAUUCUACUCGAUGAUGAUGAUGAAGUUGAAGCUACUGAGGAUGAAUUGGAUGAUCUGUAG